AUGGAGAAAACGGAGAAUGAGAAGAAAGAAUCAGCUGUUUCCGACGUCGGUGCAUGGGCUAUGAACGUCAUUAGCUCCGUCGGAAUCAUCAUGGCUAAUAAACAGCUCAUGUCUUCCUCUGGUUUCGGAUUCAGCUUUGCUACAACAUUAACGGGAUUCCAUUUCGCCUUGACUGCACUUGUUGGUAUGGUGUCAAACGCUACUGGAUUAUCAGCAUCAAAGCAUGUUCCUCUUUGGGAGCUUCUUUGGUUCUCAAUUGUUGCUAAUGUCUCCAUUGCUGCUAUGAACUUUAGCCUUAUGCUUAACUCUGUUGGAUUCUAUCAGAUUUCGAAAUUGAGCAUGAUUCCGGUUGUAUGCGUGUUGGAAUGGAUUCUACAUAGCAAGCAUUACUGUAAAGAAGUGAAAGCAUCUGUUAUGGUUGUGGUUAUUGGUGUUGGGAUUUGUACUGUGACUGAUGUCAAGGUUAAUGCUAAAGGUUUCAUUUGUGCAUGCACUGCUGUUUUCUCCACUUCUCUGCAACAGAUUUCAAUAGGCUCUCUGCAGAAGAAAUACUCAGUUGGAUCAUUUGAAUUGCUGAGCAAAACAGCGCCAAUCCAAGCACUUUCGCUUCUCAUCUUUGGCCCCUUUGUUGACUAUUUCUUGAGUGGCAAAUUCAUAUCUACUUACAAGAUGACUUACGGCGCCAUUUUUUGCAUUCUUCUCUCUUGCGCAUUAGCCGUAUUCUGUAACAUAAGCCAAUAUCUCUGCAUCGGAAGAUUCUCAGCGACAUCAUUCCAAGUUCUAGGCCACAUGAAAACAGUAUGCGUACUUACGUUAGGUUGGCUUCUCUUUGAUUCCGAGAUGACAUUCAAGAACAUCGCCGGGAUGGCCUUAGCCGUUGUCGGAAUGGUGAUCUAUAGUUGGGCGGUUGAUCUAGAGAAACAGAGAAACGCAAAGUCGAUGCCUCACGGUAAAAACAGUAUGACCGAAGAAGAGAUUAAGCUACUCAAGGAAGGAGUUGAGCAUAUCGAUUUGAAAGACGUUGAGCUCGGUGAGACUAAAGUAUAA